CACAUGUCCCUCUGAUAAACAUUUACCUGGAGGCUUGAUGUCAGUCCGAGUUUCAGCCAUGAGCGUUCUUCCUCCUGUUCGAAGGGACCGAAUCAUCGCACAGCUCCCUCAGUAUUUCAGGAAAGAGGCAGCUCUCCACACUAAGGAGGAUUUCAACAAUAAAGUGAAGACCGCCUGUCAGGAGCAGCGGACCGGCACAGUGGGAUUUAAAAUCUCCAAGGUCAUUGUGGUGGGUGACCUGGCUGUGGGGAAAACCUGUCUCAUUAAUAGAUUUUGCAAGGAUGCUUUUGACAAGAACUACAAAGCAACGAUCGGUGUGGACUUUGAGAUGGAGCGGUUUGAAGUGCUGGGCGUUCCUUUUAGCCUGCAGUUGUGGGACACUGCAGGUCAAGAGAGGUUCAAGUGCAUUGCUUCUACAUACUACAGAGGAGCACAGGUGGUGAUUAUCGUCUUUGAUGUAAAUGAUGUUGCCUCUUUGGGACAUACAAGGCAGUGGCUGGAAGACGCCUUGAAAGAGAACGACCCCACCGCGGUUCAGCUGUUCCUCGUGGGCACAAAAAAAGACCUGAGUUCUCCUGCUCAGUACGCUCAGAUCGAACAAGAUGCCCUCAAAAUAGCAAAGGAGAUCAGUGCAGAGUAUUGGGCAGUGUCUUCACUGACAGGAGAAAACGUGAGAGAGUUUUUCUUCCGAGUUGCAUCGUUGGCAUUUGAGACCAAUGUUCUUGCCGAGUUGGAGAAAAGUGGAACGAGACAAAUUGGAGACGUAGUCCGAAUUAACAGCAACUCAAGCAACGUGCACACUACAUCAAAGAAGAAGCAGCCGAACUGCUGUCAGUAA